AUGUCGCAGACGGUCGGAAAGACCCGUCUGGCCUAUUCUCGGGCAUGGCACUACGUCGACGCCGGUUCCGACUCUCGAUCUCUCGGUCGACUGGCUUCGUCCAUCGCUCUCGUCCUUAUGGGCAAACAUAAGCCGAUCUAUGACCCUUCGACGGAUUGCGGCGACUACGUCGUUGUUGCCGGCUGCCACGAUCUCCGAACCACCGGCAAAAAGCGUUUCCAAAAGAAAUACUACACCCACACGACCCGCCCUGGUAGCUUGAAGAGCAUGACAAUGGAUCAAAUGUUCACGAAAUGGGGCGGCGGUGAAGUCUUGCGCCGCGCAGUCAAGGGCAUGUUGCCCAAGAACCGGCUGCAGGAGCCGCGGUUGGCCCGUCUGAAAACUUUCGAGGGCACUGCGCACCCCUACAAAGAGAACAUUGUCAAGUUCGGAACCAAGUCGACCAUGGACUACCCCGAGGUCCGAAGUGCAUUUGAGGAAGCCAAGCCUACAGCAUAA